AAAUUUCUUCUUUCUAAAUCUUAUUAUUAAUUCCUGAGGCAGGGUCAUCAUGCAUCCAUCAGAACCAGUUCUAAUAGACAACAUUAACGAAUUAAACUACAAAAGUAAACAGAAGACCAAAAUACCUGGAAGUUCAAAUUUUGUUCAGACAUGAAGUUUAAAUGAGUCAGUCAAAUGGCAAUUGGUAUUUGUAAUGCAAUAAUAAGAUGUGUAGUAGCAGAACAUGUUGAAGCGAAUCCUAAGAAUUUUGGCAGACACUAUGCCAAUUUUUAAAAUUUUGUCCUUGCAUCAUUUGGAAUCCAGUUUCGCAUCAUUUAGCAGCAGCUGGGGUUUUGCCGGAGGCUCAAGCUGAUCAAUACUCAUUUCAUCAUGGUCCCUGUUGUUUGACUUAGUGUGAAGUAGUUCGUGAGUUCGUCUGUCAUUUGAUUUGAACAUGAUUCAUUUUUAAAAGAGGAAUUGGGUAUGGCUCAAUUGCUUUCUCACUCGUCCGCUUCUUCUUCUACUCUCAAAAGAUGUUUACCUAUAUGCUCUGCUGUUAUUCAUUCUAUCUGGCAAACACCCGUUUCAAGUACAUCGCCAGAUUCUCGUCUUCCUUCUCCACAUCAUUAUUACACGGCACCAUCAGUUAAUCAGCAUUUGCAUAGCCUGACAAAUAAGUACGAAUUGACCCAUGGGUACCCGCUUGAGCUCAAGGGUGGGAUUCCAUGUUUGCAGCCUUCGGGUUUAAUUAAUUAUAAAUGUAUAGGGCUUGUGCUUGGAAAUAGACUAUGGUUUCAAAACCAGUCCACUGCUCAGUUUUCUGGGGUGAGAGAAGCUAUGGUAAACAAAGAGAAGGGGUUGUCGUGGAUUGAUACGUACCUUCCAAGAUGGUCGAUCCCAUACGCCCAUUUGGCUCGCCUGGACAAGCCCAUUGGAACCUGGCUGCUUGCUUGGCCUUGCAUGUGGUCCAUUGCUUUGGCUGCACCAUCUGGAAAUCUACCUGAUUUUAGAAUGUUGUCAUUGUUUGGAGUGGGAGCUUUGCUUUUGAGAGGGGCGGGUUGCACAGUUAAUGACCUACUUGACCGGGAUAUUGAUGUGAAGGUACAAAGGACUAUGUCACGGCCAAUUGCAUCUGGUAUGUUAACACCUUUCCAAGGGCUAUGCUUUCUGGGCUUCCAGUUGCUUUUGGGACUUGGGAUAUUGCUACAAUUAAAUAACUAUAGCAAACAAGGAAGUACCAACUCAGGAACAGCGAUUGCAGCGAUUGAUUUGUUUAUAUUAAAACAGAAACAGCGAUUAGAAUACACAAACAGGCAGUAA